CCGGGCUGCAGCCGGCAGCCCACGUCCAGGGAGGGCGGAGGGAGGAGGAGAGGCGCGGAGAGGAGGGAGGGGAGAGGGGAGGGAGGAAGACGAGAGAAAGGGAGCUGCUUCCAUCCCGGACUUCCCAGAGCCUGCCUGGAGCGCGCACUCAGCGGCUCUCGGGUCCCAGCGUCCCAGCCGCCGCCCGCGCCUCUCCGCCCCGCUCCUCCUCCUCUUCCUCCUCCUCCUCUUCCUCCUCCUCCUCUCUAGGCACCCCCGUCCCCUCCUUCCAGCGGCUGCAGCCCCCAGCCCCAACUCUCUGCGCUUACUCCUGGGACGCGCGUUCUCGCCCCAUCCUUUGCUUCCUUCCUUCCUUCUUCCUUCCUCCCCUGGCUCCCGCCCUCCCUAUCCAGGUCGCCCUCCCGGGGCCCGAUUGUCUCGGUGCCCAGCUCUCGGCCCGCGCCCUGCCCCGUCUCUCCCUCGUACUUCCUGAGUCGCCCGCCGCUGCCGUCGCAGUCUCGCCGCGGGAGCCCCAGCCCGACAGCCACUGCCCCGGCUCCAGCUCCAGCCCCGCAGCCCGCGGCGCCCGCCCGAGGGAGCCCCGGCGCCCGGGGAAGGCUACAGUGGGCGAGCGCGCCCUCGCCCAGCCCCGCGCCCCAGCCCUGCCCGGCCCGGCGAGGAAGGACCGGGAAGAUGAACAACGGCGGCAAAGCCGAGAAGGAGAACACCCCGAGCGAGGCCAACCUUCAGGAGGAGGAGGUCCGGACCCUAUUUGUUAGUGGCCUUCCUCUGGAUAUCAAACCUCGGGAGCUCUAUCUGCUUUUCAGACCAUUUAAGGGCUAUGAGGGUUCUCUUAUAAAGCUCACAUCUAAACAGCCUGUAGGUUUUGUCAGUUUUGACAGUCGCUCAGAAGCAGAAGCUGCAAAGAAUGCUUUGAAUGGCAUCCGCUUCGAUCCUGAAAUUCCGCAAACACUACGACUAGAGUUUGCUAAGGCAAACACGAAGAUGGCCAAGAACAAACUCGUAGGGACUCCAAACCCCAGUACUCCUCUGCCCAACACUGUACCUCAGUUCAUUGCCAGAGAGCCAUAUGAGCUCACAGUGCCUGCACUUUACCCCAGUAGCCCUGAAGUGUGGGCCCCGUACCCUCUGUACCCAGCGGAGUUAGCGCCUGCUCUACCUCCUCCUGCUUUCACCUAUCCCGCUUCACUGCAUGCCCAGCUCUGUGAAGGUCAGACUGUGAGAAGCCACCCCUCUAGCGCUCCGUCUCCUGAUAGUGCCAGCCUGGCCUGGUUUCCUGUUUGGUGAGGCUUUCUAGGAGCACCUGGCUUAGCUCUCACAGGAGGAGGGGAGGAGGGGGAGGCCAGGCCUCAUGCUCACAGCCCCAGCCUCCUGUGAGAGUGGGCUGGGUCUCCUUUCCCAGGCCCUUCCUGGGGCGAUUUCUAUGCCUGCCUCCUGAUGCAGGGCCUGUGCUCUGAGCUGUGCCUUUCAGGAGAGCUCUGCGGGGCUUCAUUUCCUUUCUCAGCUCGUGGCAGGAAUGUAGGGUCGAAAGGACAGGCUCUGGAACUCCCUGGCCAGACACGAGCUCUGCCAUUUACACGCUGUGCGACCUCAGUUGAGCAAAUUUCUUAACUUCUCUGGGCUUCAGGAAAAGGGCCAAUAAUCCUUCAUGUAAACACUUAAGAGAGUGCCCGGCAUAUUAGAAGGGCUUCAUAAAUGUUUGCUUUAAAGGUAGCCCUUCCCAGGGAUCUUUUAAGGGGCACUUGAAUUUUCAGUAAGGAGAAGGAAGCCCAGACUAAGCCUUAGCUACCCACAAGGCAGUGACAGUUAAGACAGGAUGGUCAGCACAUGUGGAUGAUGCCAACGGGGGCUGCAGAGGCCUCACAGCUGGAGCCAAAUGGAAGACUGGAAAGCAUGAAGGAAUGACGGGAGUAAGAUGAGGCAUUGCAGUGGGAGCGCCACCCACAGCACCGACUGACAGCACCUGCCCUGCUCCUGGCAGUGUGAUCUCCACAGCUUUUGCCAGCACUGGGAGAGCUUAUCCCCAAGAAGGGCCUCCCCAAACCAGGCCGGACACGGCCACCAGCACACCCUUCUGACAGGAAAUACAUCCGGGGUGGAGGGGGCUGGGCAGCUGAAACCCCAGAGACGGAAUGGCCCUUGCCCUCGCAAGUUACUUUACACAAACCCGCUGUCCCUGACCUUUCCAGCUGUGGCCUUAUCUUACUUUCCUAUCGGAGAAACUGGAGAAAGAACCACAGGUCACCCAGCCCAUUCCUCCCUGGACUUUCUGGCACUUUCUUCCCACAGUCCUUUUGCUAGGAUUCUCCUUGGCCUCAUUUCCAGGCAAUUGAGUUACAUCUUGUACUUGGGGAGAUUGUUCUCUUCACAGUUCUGCCAUGAAAGCCGAGAAUCCACCCCCGGCCAGGCAGAUGCUCUCUCCCUGGUGACCCUCUCCGCCUCUUCCCUCAUUUGCAGUGAGACAGACAUCAGCAUUUUGUCCUCCACCCCAGCUGGCCUCUUUAGAAGCAGUCCUCCAAAAGCAUCCAUCCAGGGUGUUAGGGAGAGGUGUGCUUUUGUCCAGAGCUGCUGCGACUGAGGCCCAGGCCUCUUCAUGUUGGGCAGUUUUAGAAGGAAAUGCUGUUCAGAAACCAGAGUCAGUCCCCUAGUAUAUGGCUGUGUGACUUUGGCCAGGGUCACUCACCCCAAGGAGACUUCCCUAGAAAUCACAGUAUUAAUCAGGAUGGGCAGAACAUCUCAACAUGGGCCGCCUCCUGACUGGGGGCAGCAUUGCUCUCCAUUACUCCAGUACUCUCCGUUACUCCAGUACUCUCCAUUUGGUACACUGUUUUCCAGGUUUCUAGGUGUGUUCCAUGUUGUCCUUUGCAGAAGGUUAAACUCCCCAGAUCCUGCACACCUCCUCCCCUGUCUUUAUUAGCAGUAAGAGCCCAACCCUGAGUCCCAACAAGUUGCACCUGGAAGUGCCGUCUGCACUCGGCUGUUCCCUGGGAUUAACAGCCGUGUGGCCCAACUGUCACAGUCAGGUGUUGCUGAGGGCCUGGCACCUAACUGGGACUCAGUUUUUUAAAUCAAACCAGAUUUUAAUGACAGUUUCUACCCACUCUACUAAAUUUGGGAUUCUAGGCAAGUUGGUUUUAACUGCACUGAGACUUAGUUUCAUCAUCUAUAAAUGGGAAGAAUGAACAUCUCCAUGGGUUUAUUUUGCAGGAAACAGUAACAUGUUUGGCUUAAAGUCAUAGUUAUGAUUAAAAUAGCUCUUCCAAUGCCUUCCGUUUGUCAGGAUUUGAUCUGGUGUGGCCCAGAGGCUCCUGAGCCCUCCCUGUAAGCUUGAGAAGCACUUAGGACACAGGGACUCCUGACCAGGACCCCGAUAAGAGAAACCUAAGGGCCCGGGGUUUUUACUUUGGUAAAGAAGAGAAGCACUGGAGCCAGGGCAAGAAUGGUCCGUGGCUGUGGCGUAUACCGAGACGAGGCUCUCUGGUUGGGUCAGCUGGCUGUGUACCCAAGGUUUUUGUCUUCCUUCUAUAGGCAUAGGUACCUGGAUGCCAUCCGGAAAGUAUGUGAACUCUAACUGCUUUGGAAACAAAACCAGGGCUGCAGAGAAACUUUGGAAUUAUAAAAUGUAGCCUUCAUAAAAGGGGAAAGUGAACUUUUCUGUGAAGAAAACCAAUUGUGACAGUAGGGGAAAAGGAAAAUCAACUCCAAAUGGAAUCAUGUUUUAUUCAGGAUUUGUGCUGCCGGUGGGGAAGGCCAGACCCAGCGACAGGAUGGCAAAGUGGGGCGCCCCAACUUCAAGCUUUGUGCGUUCUGCCACGAAGUUCUAUGCGCUUCACUGAGCUCAGCUCCUGGGGACCUCUAAUGGCCCUUGAUAGCAAACAUAGUUAAAAAUUAACAGACUGACAGAAUUAAAUAUGGAUGACAAGCAACCACUGUGGACUUAACCUGACACAGGGUGUUACACGCUUGGGUGCCUUUAACCCAAGUGGCAUCUCAAGUGAACUUCUGAGAUGUCUGGGCACAUUUCACAUGCCUGUUUGGAAGCAGAGCCUAGCUUGUGCUUAGGACAGACAGGAAAAGAGUCUAAGAGCCCAGGAGAGAAAAUUCUCCCUGGAGGCUUUUGUUUAAUUAAACCCGGCUUUGAUCGGGCUUACCAGGAUGUACUGCGAGUCCUAGGACCUUGUCCUUGUGGUCUAGACCUUGUCCCUGCCUGGGCUCGGACCUCAGUAGCACCUGCCAUCAUGACUGGAAGAUCCUGCAAGGGCACAGGCCAGCGGGGAGCAUGGCCUCCUCCAGCCAGGACUUUGUUGCUCACCUCUUUCCAGCUGUUGAGGCAGGUGAGAUGGCAGCCUUAGCCAAGGACCAAGUCAUACAAAUCUUGACAUUCUGCCUAGAUCAUAGCGACUUAAUUGCCCUAGGCAAGGAGUAUUAGGUGCCAGACAGGUAGUGAAGAAUGCUCAUGGCAUUUUCAUGCCUCUGAGUCUGCUGAGAAAGAGUAUAGGCUGCCGAUUCUGGGGGCUGGGAGAGGAGGAGUGGUUCCUUUACAAGAGGGCCUGAUUUCAUGCAGCAGCGAAAUUCCUAAAAAGUGUUCUUCCAGUUUUGGUGAGUGCUUUACUAGAAAUAGAGGUGAGGGUUGCCAUUAUCUUGCAGUCAGCCCUGUGAGAUAAGGAAGACAAUCUUUUUGUAUUGCACAUCAUCCCUCUAGCCUGGUCGAUGAGUUUGGAGUUUGUUGGACCAGCUUAUGCUGGGCUUGGCGGCCUCUCUUCGCCUGGCAUCCUCUGACAGAGCUUGCUGUCACGGCCUAACGUGCUUUAUUUGGUGGUGCCACCCAAAAGUGGGUCCUGAGGUCUGGAGUGGGCGGGGCGGAGUUGAUGGCAGUUAGUCACUGUGUGAGUGGUUCCCUGCAGUUGCUCCGUGUUGGGAACGAGCCCUCCAGGGGACUUCAGGGCUCCAUUCUGGGGAGAGUCAUGGAAACCUGCCUGAGAAUAUCCAUGUCUUCAAAACAUUAACCCAUUAGUUUGAGAUAACAUUCCUGUCGUGUACAUAAAACAACUUCUUCAAGCUAC